CCCCAAGCGACUCCGAGUUGAAAGUUCGUGAGUUUGAUUGUCUUGCGUUCGAUUUAUUCCGUGGAACCUCGUUGCCAAAUUAAUAUAAUCAGUCAUCAUGGGCGAUGCACCGGCGGCAGCAACGAAGACACCCAAGAAAAAGGCACCGAAAAAGCCAGCCGAGCACCCGAAGUACGAAGAAAUGAUUGUAACUGCAAUUAAGGAGUUGAAAGAGCGAACGGGAUCCUCGCGCCAGAAGAUCACGAAGUAUAUCUCGGAACAUUACAAAGUGGGAGAUAAUGUUGGCGUGCAAGUGAAACUCAAUCUAAAGAGACUUGUGGUGGCUGGCAAGCUUAUUCAGGCCAAAGGAGUCGGAGCAUCUGGUUCUUUCAAGGUCAACAAAGCCGCGGAGGCGAAGCCAAAACCCAAGCCCAAGAAGAAGCCCGCAGCCAAAAAACCGGCGGCUAAACCGAAAAAGAAGCCCGCAGCAAAGAAGCCUUCAGCCAAGAAAACUCCAGCUAAGAAGAAGGCUGCUGCCAAAAAGAAGGCUCCUGCAAAAAAACCGGCAGCGAAAAAACCGGCCGCUAAAAAACCUGCAAAGAAACCAGCCGCGAAGAAAUCUCCAGCGAAGAAAGCUACUAAGAAAGCAAAGACCCCGACGAAGAAGUCACCCAAGAAGAAGGCCACAAAGAAAUAACUGGAUUGAACAUUAAUUUCGGACUAUGUCAUCAUUCUGUUCAUAUUAGAGACUGCGGUUUCCGUUGACUUAAGAAGUUAAGGAAAAAAAAGAAAAACCUUUGCUAUAGCGGAGGGUGCCAAGCGUUGCCUAGAAAACAAAGAAAUAGUCAGAGUUUAGAAUUCUCUGUAGAAGUGUAUUUCCGUUCAGUAACAGGUUUUUUUUUUUUUGAUAGACAUUUAUUUAUGUAAAGUAUCGGUACUAAGACGUAUGAGUUGCACGAAGGUUUUGUAAAUAAAUCAAGGAAGGAAAAGAAUUUUUUAAAACAGCA